AUGCCAGACGCCGCUACUGUUGACCUACCGAACCUUCAACUGACUGAUGCACGAUCAUUCCUCUUACCAUACUUUACGCCUGCCAAUAAUCGACGCGUACGCUCCAUCAACAUCGGACUGGCCGCGAACGGAGCGCCCGAUGAGCUGGAGGGCCUCCUUGCUGGCAACUUCCCUAAACUCCACACCUUGAGCCUUCUCUGUUGGGAACCUGAACAUUAUGGACUGGCACUGUCCAAUCCAAAGGAUAUCAUCUGGGUCGAAGCUCUAGAGAUAUCGCGGGCUCCUGCUCUGACUCGUGUUGACUUGCGAAAUUGUUUGCCGCCUUGGAACGCAAACAUCUAUUCGCAGCUCACACACCUUGAAAUACGAAUUCGUGGCCGCAAUGUUCUUGUCAGCGAGCAACAGCGGCCCACUCACGAAGCACUUCUUUCGGUCAUCACCUCGAUGGACGCAAUCGAGGAGAUAUACCUGGACGUUUUCCCAAACUACCCGAACGCGGGGGCAGAACCUGAGCCCGUUCAUGUACCAUCCAGAUGCAAGCUUAUCACGCUACAUACCUCUGACCCAAAUCUUAAUCGACAUUGCUGCCGACUGGGCGCCUCUUUCGUUCUCCCACCAAAAGUCGUGUUCAUCAUCAGGCAGGCUAGCGGGAAGGACGCAGAACUGGCCGUUCGUCACUUCGCCGGGCCGUCCCGUCCUCCAAGUGCCCUUAGUUUCAACUCGGGCGGCGAUUAUCGGGUAGAUGGAACUCUCUGCGGCCAAGUGACCAUUCCCCUCAACCCCGCUCGUUGGCUCAAGAAGCCCGAAGCCCUAGCCGAGAGGACACCGAGGGGCUUCGUCUCCAUACAGUUCGAGCUUUACGACGUCCCGGAUGAUAUCAAGGAGGAAUACGAUGAUUAUUGCCGCUACACCAUGCUUGAGAGUCUUUGUCAGGUAGACUUCAGCGAGGUGAAGGUACUGCGAAUCGAGAACAUCUGGGAGGAUAGAGACAUCCUGCGGUUGUUCGGUGUGGACGAGUCGGAAGGGGACGUCUUUGACGAGAAGCUAUUGGAACCCCCGAUUCUCGCGGAUGCGACCGAGGUCGAAGUCGUCGUCCUGACCAUGGAAGGGUAUCUGCCUAUAUUGGCUGAUUUGUUACAUGCCGGUCGCCAUCCUUUCCCCAAGUUUCAUACUAUACACGCCCCGGAGAUGUGA